AUGAGACUGCGGUCGAACCACGUUCUUCCGCCAAUUUCGGAGUACGUCCCACGCCGCCGGCGCACGACGCGGAGUGCGUCGGCACAGGCUGGGACGGAGGUCGCAACAGAAACUGUGCCUGAGGCUGCACAAAAGACUGGGCCAGAGAGCCAGUCCGCAUCAGAUGUUGCCGAGCAGUCUGCCGCAGAAAGGUCCGCUCCAAAGCGGAAGCCAGCCAAGAGAGCUGGCCGGAAGAAGGCCGCGGCAAAGGGCAAGAAGGCCUCUGCUCCCACCGCGGAGACCGAAGCCGAGCCCGACGAAGACCCCGUUACGCUCAUUCCGUCCGUGGAGCAACCUGACACCCGUACGUUGCCCCCAAAGCCCAGGCCCACCAGGGAUCCCCCGCGCAUGUUCAGAGGACGCGUUAUGACGGCCUUUCGAUGGGGCAGUGCCAGCGAACUCCUGCGAAAGGAGCAACAUCCUGAGCCAACUCCCUCCUCUCCGCAAACACCUUUGACGCACUAUGCCUGGCCGCCCGGAAGAGCUUAUGAUAAGCGUCGUCGAAUCCCCUGGUCACUUCCCUGGUCCCCACCGUCUCCCUGGAGAAACUGGCCUCGCAGACUUGCCAUCUUUAAUACCCAGGAUGAAUCCGUGCUGACCGCCGCGGAAGAACCAACUAGGAAACGGAACCGAUCGUCCGAAGACGACCCCUCCCCGUCGAAACGCCACAAGUUAACACUUCAAGCUCCACCCGGCUUCGAAAACCGUCCUCGUGGCAGCUCUCGCAGGACGUAUGCGGAUCGCGCGCGGCGACGCGAAGCGGAAAGGGGUGGACGAAUCGAUCGCACCAUUUACCGUUUCCCCCAACUUUUGGCUCAGCAAGGAGAAGAUGCGAGAUCUGGCAAUUCGACCCCUCUGGCCUCCCGUGCAAGCGAAGAGGCCGCGCCCCGUGGUAAUCGCAUUGUUCCGUUCGCUUCAUUGCCUUCCGCACUUCCACCAAAUCAGAACCAGAACCAAAACCAAAACCGGCCUGGUUGGCGACAAUGGAUAUUCAACUCAGUGACUGGUCUUUGGGGACGAGGCAAUGUGCCUCGAACUGCACAGGUCCCACAAGUGGCUGAGCCUCAACGUCCAACGGGAACUGAGUCUUCAUCCUCCGUCGCAACACCCACUUCAGCUCCCCCUUCCUCCUCCGCUGUGCUACCAAGAAAUUUCGAAUCUCCUACUCCGCGCCCGCGCGUUGCAGAGCCGCAAACCUCAAACUCGCGUCUGACAGCCAGCGCACGCGCCCCCCAAGCUGGAAAAAGAAAAAAAUACUCCUACGAUUUGGAUCCACAGGGUUUCGACCCGGAACUGCUCGCGCGCAUGCGUGCCAGGAAGUCGAAUCCCGCGGCCCUCCAACAACCUGUAACUUCACCAGAGCAACUUGAUGCACUCUCCGAGAAUGAAUCGAAGAAGCGCAAGCGAGAACCAUCACCUGAUGUUAUUCCGCACCCUCCAGGAUGUAGUUAUGGGUUUGACCCAGAAUACUUCAUCUACGAUAAUGACGACGAGGACUUGCCGACAGGAGAACAGGGACGCCAAGAUACUACGCCCAAACGAGCUGCAGUCAGCGCUGCAGCGGACGAGGAGCAUGUCUCCAAGCGUGCGCGCCAAGAUACCACGGCAAAUCAAGCUACAGUCAGCGAUGCACCGGAAGAGGAGAUUGUCUCCAAGCGUGUGUGCCAAGAUACUACGCCCAAACAAGCUACAGUCAGCGAUGCAGCGGAAGAGGAGCAUGUCUCCAAGCGUGUGCGCCAAGAUACCACGGCAAAUCAAGCUACAGUCAGCGAUGCACCGGAAGAGGAGCAUGUCUCCAAGCGUGCGGUCUCUGGCAAUACCCACCUAGAAAACUUCAAGCACCAGGGCGCAUCACAGCCCAUCGAAGAUUCCGGCGAAGAACUCCGCAAGGCCCGUCAGCUUGCUGAGCAGUACAAGCCGAAGACCCCCAGUCGUCUUCGAGCAGACCUUCGCUUCGAAAGCAGCUGGAGCUCGUUUGUUGAAGACGAAGCUGAAGAGGAAGCCGUGCGUCGCCGCAAGAUGAGAAAAACCUCAAUGGCCACGGCAUGCCCUACCGGCGAUCUGGACCAUAUCAGAUGGCCAGAGACAGAAACUUGGGUUGAGCGCUUUGACUGGCAAGACCCUAACUUUGCCAAGUAUCGGAGUACCUCAGUUGCAAGGGAGGGAUAUCUUAAUUGGAACCAUGAGGUUUUCAUGAGCAAGCUUGCUGCUCGGCGUUCUGCUCGAUAG